GGUGCGGAGAAAGUUUCAAUAUUUUGCUUUGCUUGUUGAAAGAAAGUGGGAAAUAUACUGGGAAUCAUCAUCGAUUUGAUUAUUUUCUUCCGAAAUAUUCUUCUACCGAAAAUCUUCGGCAUCGUCGUCUUACGGUGUGGGUCUUCGGCAUCACCGUCUCACGGUGUGGGUCGUUGUCUUCCUCUUCACAGUACUCUACCGUGUUGGUCUUCGUCUUCUUCAUCUUCACCGUGUGCAUGUGAGCAUGGAAAAAGGGAAGGAAAACCCAUCUCUGUCAACACCAUGUAGCUCAAAUCCCUCUACUGCGGAAAUCCCAACAACUGCUCCAAACUUUCCAAAUUACAUGCACGGUUACGGACCAGGGCCUGCAUGGUCACCGGCUUUUAUCACAUAUCCAAAUGCAUACCAAUGUCCAAGCAACAUUGUUAUGAAUACUGGUUAUCCAUUUCAAUAUGGGAUGAGACCUCCGACUCCUCCCAUGGCUACAAGCUCCGGAACAACCGAAAGAGUCGAAGAGGAUACACCCGGGUGUAGGGAAACUGAAGAGGAUACACCCGGGUGUAGGGAAACUGAAGCGCCAUGUUCCUCCUCUAUGGUUCAUGAACAAGGUGAAGAUGAUAGGCCAGAGUCAGGGGAAAGUGGUUAUGGCACUGCUGAGACACCUUCGUUAGACCGAAUGGAUGAGCCUGAUAUAAUUGAGGAACCAAAAGCGGGGAUGGAGUUUGAUUCUGUUGAGGAAUUAAUGAGUUAUUAUAAACUAUAUGCUAAGAAAUGCGGGUUUGGAUCUAUGACUCAAAGGAGUGAAAGGGAUGACGAAGGGAGUGUCAAAUAUGUGACUAUUGGUUGCGCUCGUGGGGGGAAAGCGAGGAAUAGGACAAUGAAUGUCGCCAAACCACGACCGACGGGAAAGAGUGACUGUAAGGCAAGGAUUAAUGCCUUAAAAGUUAGGGGAAAGAUGCAGUUGACCACAGUUAAUAAUACCCACAAUCACGGGCUGAGUCCACAGAAAUCUCGUUUCUUCCGAUGUAACCACGAAGUUAGUGAGACUGUAAAAAGGGUAUUAGAUACUAACGACCUAGCUGGCAUUCGAAUGAACAAGAGUUUUGGAUCUCUUGUUGUGGGUGCGGGAGGAUUUGAGGACCUGCCAUUUUUGGAAAAAGAUUGUCGCAAUUACAUCGAUAAGGCAAGACAUCUACGACUUGGAGCAGGUGGUGCUGGAGCGCUUCGAGACUAUUUUUGUAGGAUGCAAUACAAGAACCCCGGAUUCUUUGUCUUGAUGGAUUUAGAUGAUGAUGGUAGGUUAAAGAAUGUCUUUUGGGCAUAUCCACGCAGUAGAGCAGCUUAUCAAGAUUUUGGUGACGUGGUAACAUUUGACACCACGUACUUGACAAACAGAUACGGGAUGCCCUUUGCACCCUUUGUUGGUGUAAACCAUCAUGGGCAGUCGAUUCUUUUGGGAGCAGGGUUAAUUUCCAGUGAGGACACAGAGACUUUUAUAUGGUUAUUUCAGACUUGGCUGCAGUGUAUGGAUGGUAUAGCCCCACCAGCUAUUAUUACUGACCAAGACAGAGCAAUGAAAAAUGCAAUAGCCAUUGUAUUUCCAGAAAGCCGACAUAGAUUUUGCCUCCGGCAUAUACUGAAAAAAGUCCCCGAGAAGCUUGGCUCUCAUCGUGCCUACAAAAGUGGCCUGAAAACUCAACUGAUGAAAUGUGUGUAUGACAGUCAAACUAUUGAAGAGUUUGAGAAAUGGUGGGAAGAGUUAAUUAGCACAUACAGUUUGCAAGAGAAUGUCUGGUUGCAAAGUUUGUACGCCGAGCGCACACAUUGGGUACCGGUAUUUCUGAAGGAGUAUUUUUGGGCUGGCAUGAGUACAACACAACGAAGCGAAAGCAUGAAUGCUUUUUUCGAUGGAUAUGUUCAUGCGAAGACAAACUUGAAGGAGUUUGUCGACCAGUUUGACAAUGCAUUGAAAAAGAAAAUCGAGAAUGAAAUCAGUUUGGACUUCCACUCAUUUAGCGUUACAAUUCCAUGCAUAUCUAGAUCACCAAUCGAGAAGAGAUUCCAAGAGUUAUACACAAAUGCAAAAUUCAGGGAAGUUCAGCAGCAAGUUAUGGGUGUGCUCGAUAUGGAUCCAUCUCUACUUAGAAGAGAUGGAUCCAAGAAGACCUACCUGGUAGAAGAUAAAAUUUCUGUUGAGGAGUUCACGAAACAUGUUACAUAUUAUGUGGACUUUAAUGAGGAAGAUUGCGACGUUAAGUGUUCAUGUGGGUUAUUUCAAAUGAAGGGGAUACUAUGUAGGCAUGUCUUGGCCAUAUUGAAAUGUAACGGGAUAAAGUACUUGCCAGAUAGGUACAUUUUAGAUCGAUGGAGGAAAGAUAUCAAACGGAGAUACACGUUAAUCCAGAGUACCUAUGACACAGGAAAUCAACGGGAAGAUACUAACAGAUAUUCAAGUCUGUUGAAUAUUUGUUAUCGGAUGAUUACUCAUGCAGCGACUUCAAAAGAGUAUACUGAAGACGCAAGUAAGAAGUUAUAUGAAAUGAUUGAUUUAUAUCAUGGCAAGCAAGAACCCCCUUCAAUGACCAAAACGGAUUCCAAUGUUGGUUUAAUGACAAAGGACACAACUACAGUUGGUAGUUCGCAGAAAGUACUCAGUCCACGAGUUGUGCGCGGAAAAGGCAGACCCCCAUCUCUGAGAAGAGCAUCCAGAAUGGAGCAAGAAAUACGGAAGGUUAAAGCGAGGACGAAGAAAGCAAAUGUAAAGGGAUCCAAACGUAAAGAGCGAGAUGGCGAAGAUACGCCAUCUCAUAACACGAGUCGGAAUUUAUUUGGCCCAUCUGAGAUAGUUGAUGUUGAAGGAAACGUGCAGACUAUUCCAGUCAGCUCAGCUUUUGACAUUAGUGGAUUCCAAAAUAUGGUUGGGAGUCAAGAAAGUAUGCAACUUGGAGUGGAUGGAUCACAACCUUUGCCCAAAUGAUUUGAGUGGAGUGAAUUUUAAUUCCUGCUAAAGCCUAAGAUUGAAGAUGGCUGGGAUCCAAACACCAUGAGGAUGAUUUGUGGGAUUCCAUAGCUGCCCCUGCUCCUAGUACACAAGUGGAAGUUGUAAUUAUUUUUGUGGGGAAAGUUUGCAUUUUUGUAGAUACAUUUUUGUGGGAAGAAAGAAUGACACAAGUGGAAGUUGUAAUUAUUUUUGUGGGGAAGUUUGCAUUUUUGUAGAUACAUUUUUGUGGGAAGAAAGUAUUCCAAGUUGAAUAUGUAUUUAUAUUUUGAAAUCCCUAGACAGAAAUGUUGAAGAUGCAAUCCCAGUUCACGAAAUGUUGAAGAUGCAACACACUAGUAUUUUGUAUUUAUAUUUUGA